AAUCCGUUUCAGCUUUAACCGCCUUCGUGAGCCCGUACGAAGACAUGAUCCGCAACGUAACGAUCGUGCUGUACUCGUUCGUAAAACAGUGCGCCAAACACACGUACUCUACCGAGCUGCAGGUGAAGAUACUGGCGCAGGUGAAGUAUCUGCUCCGCGCUUACCCGCAGCACAUCCGUACGCCAACGCACGAGAGCAUCUACAACGGAUUGGUGCCGUUGCUGAGCAGCCCAAGCUAUCGCAUCAAGCUGGAAGCGGUCAGGAAUAUUCUGCACUUCAUGCAGCUCGAAUGGUCACAUCCUGACCUUUCUUCGGUUCCGUGCAGCUUUUACGAGUUUCAGCUGCAACUGUACGAUCAAAUUCAGUUCGAGGAGCUACUAGCGACCGACGGUGGGAUGGACAUGAACGAUGAGAGAAUGAACGUGAUUAGCGGCUGCCUUCAGCUGCUGUUGGGCAUCUUUCGCAUUAGCUUCAUGCUGCGUCGGCGCGCGUUGUGCGAUUUUGUGCUGCUCGUUCAGUUGGGAAGCGUAAACGAUGACAAAAUGGCAAACACCAUACGGCUUAUGCGCACCUCCAGCGAUAUCGACUUCUGCCAGCUGCUUCAAGCUAACCUGGACACCGUACUCGAGCUAUGGCUAACCAAAGGGAAUCGGUUGCUGCAUUUCCCGUUCCGUCUAGGGAAAGAUCGCCACGAUCGAAGACCGGAACGGUUCGAACAGUUCUGCAAAUCGAUUGGCGUACAGCAGGCAGAAAUGGUGAAGAGUAUACUGCCGAAAUGUGUUUCGUUCCUUCUGCCCAAGUACGCCAAAUGUGAAGGGAUGGCGCCCAAAUUACGUGUCGGAAAUUAUCAAACACAUCUCACCCACCGAUUGAACGAUCACGUUGAGCUGGGCAAGCUGUUGGACCAGGACCUGCCAAGCUGCUUCGUUGCCGAUCUGUCGCUUAGCAAAGCCACUUACUCGACGGCGCUCGAGCACCUGAAACAGUCGGUAUGGGGAUCGCAAUCGUUCAAGUACACGCUGCUGAGCAAUUUGUGUUUUAAAAACAGCUCACCAAUUGAACGCACCCUAACGGAUGUCAAACGCUGGCUUUGGGCGGCUGAUGAACCGGAGCAGAAAAUGGUACAUCUCUUCCAGUACACGGUGUUUCUCGACCAUCUGAAAGAGUACAUCGGACAGCAGAAGGAACGCGCGUUCAAACCCUAUCUCGUGCGAGAUGUGGUGUAUUUCCUGUGCAACUUGUUGUCCUCCUUUCCCGCCCUACGACUUGCCACGCUCAACAGCUUCGGGCGGUUCCUGGAGCACGUGGUCGCAUCUAGCGAUGCGUGCGAGCUGCUCUCGGAACAUUUGCACUUCAUAGUGUCAUCAUUGCUGGAGGUGGAAAAUGUCGAUCCGGCAUCGGAGAUUUCUCAAAAAUCGCUAACUCUGCUACGGACGAACGAUUCGAUCAGUUGCGGCUUGCUAUAUCGCGCCAAAAAACGAUCGGUCAUGAAAAUGUUGCCAAGGGAAGAAAUCGCGGCGCUGAUUGAGUUGCCCAAUUUAAGAUACGAAGAUUUGGCUGCGCUGAAGAUUGUGCUCACCACCAAAAAGAAAGAUCUAAAAUUAUUGUGCGAUGAGCUGAGCGAGCAAAGCGCAUCGUCGGGCGCUAAUGGGGAAAGCGUGCUUCAUCGGUUAGUCUACACUUUGCUGGAAGUUGUGCGCAGCUCCCCGUUCGACAAGCGAUCGAUGGAAGCUCUCCGAUGUUUGAGUGAAAUAGGACCGAUCGAUCUGGGAACAAUGCUGUUAAAAUCCGACGCAGAAAUGAUUGCUUACGAUACGAUCAACAACUCGAAGGAAGCAAUCGAACGAUGUGCUGCGGUGCUGCUGAGCGAAUUGAACGAGCUGAUAACGAACAGAAACGUUCCGGUUGCAAACUACGCCUCACUGAUUUGCUACAAAAUGCUGUACGGAAAAACAUUCCAUGCUUUGGCGGCCAAACUACCAACACUGCACCCAUUUUUGGGAACUUCUGCGGAAGAGAUCAAACUCUUCACUCGUACCACCGGACGCAGUUUGUCGUUGCGGCCAAUGCUUGCCAACGAACGGAUCGAGUACAGCGCUUUUGUGCAGCAGCUGUCAGCCGCGUUGCUGUCAUUUUUGGGAAAUACGAUGAUUAAAAAGCUGGCCGAACAGGAAACGACAUUCGUCGAGAAGCUUGUCCCUUUGCUGGUACAGAUAACGAUAAAGCAUUCGAAGAGUCAAUCAUCGAUAGCAUGCAGAUAA